AUAUUAUUUGCCGUGCUAUUUCUUGUGACGUAAUAUGACGUCACUCAUAUUUAUGAAAAACAAUUUACAAAAAGUAUAUGUUGUGACAAACUGUAUGUAUCUUUUCUACUUUAAAAAGCGGUAUUCAAUAUACGUAUGUAUAAUAUUGAACUUAAAUACCAAUAAAACGUGGUUUUAUUACGUAAAAUGCCAGAAAUCACAUGCACUUUUCAUUUUUAACCAGCGGAACGAUUACAUAAUUACGCAAAGUACAUGUGUUCAUAAAAUUGUAAACGUCGGUAAUAUCGCAAAAACAUUUUACACAAUCUACAUUUCAUCUAUUUAGUUAGCAAAUGUAUAAUAGUAAACAUUGACCGUUAUCUUAACGUUCCCUUUGUUUAUCUCAUUGAAAUAAGCAAUUAAUAAUUGGUUCCAAUUAAAUGCUCCGCACAUGUGAUUAAAUAGCAGUUACUCAUUAUACACAACUCUGUUUCGUUAAAGAUUAUUAAUUAACAUACAUAUAUUAAUAUUAAAAUACCUACUAGAAAAAUCAAUAUUCUUGUGUUUGAAAAUGGCAGAAUCACCUCGAGUGCUCUCCAUUCAAAGCCAUGUGGUCUUCGGAUAUGUGGGAAAUAAAAGUGCAACUUUCCCUCUACAGGUCUUAGGUUUUGACGUAGAUCCAUUGAAUUCGGUCCAGUUUUCAAACCAUACAGGAUAUGCCACGGUCAAAGGACAAGCGUUGACGGAAAAGGAACUAGGGGACUUGGUGGACGGUUUGGUGGCCAACAAACUGGACUACUACACUCACUUACUCACUGGUUAUAUCGCCACAUCUUCAUUUCUUUUAAAAAUUGCGGAUUUGGUGAAGCAUUUGAAACGGGUCAAUCCAAAUCUAAUUUACGUUUGUGACCCAGUUUUGGGAGAUAAUGGAAAGCUCUAUGUCCCGGAAGAGCUAGUUCCUCUUUAUAAAAAUGUCAUCACUCCUCUGGCUGAUAUUUUAACACCAAAUCAGUUCGAAGCAGAGUUGCUAACUGAAAGAAAAAUUUACAAUCUUGAUGAUGCCCAACAAGCCAUAGAGGUGUUACAUAAAAUGGGACCUAAAACUGUAGUUUUGUCUUCCACAGAUUUGGGGAAUGAAAAAAUUUUACUAGGAAUAGCUAGCACUAAACUAGAGGGAGUUAAUGAAGAAUUCAUUAUCGAUAUACCAAAAAUUCCGGCAAUGUUUACUGGUACAGGGGACCUUUUUGCAGCCUUGUUUUUGGCGUGGAUGCAUAAGAGCAAGUAUUCGUUGAAGGAUUCCCUGGAAAAGACCGUCGCUACAAUGCAGGCUGUCCUGAAAAAAACAUUUAGCAGUGUACAAGGUAAAACGGAAAUUAACGAGAAUCAUACCAGUUAUUUUAUAUUAAUUCCCACUUGUCCUGCGUAUUCAACAAUACAUGUUUGCACGUCCAAUUGUAGUUCUGGAAAAAAUAGUAAUUUAUUAUUUAUAAAUAAUUACUGUAGCACUAUAAACAAAUAA